UGUCCCCAUUGCAGAUGUCUCCAGUGCCCCAGUCUCAGUUCAUCCCUCUAGCCGAGGUCCUAUGCUGUGUCAUCUCUGACAUGAACUCCUCCAACAUCACCGUCAACCAGGAUGCCCUCAUCAGUCACAUGACCAAGGCUCACCAAGGGAUGACCAUCCCUACUCAAGACAUCCUGUACAACGCUCUGGGCUCGUUGAUCAAAGAGAGGAAGAUCUACCACACAGGAGAGGGCUACUUCAUUGUCACUCCUCAGACCUACUUCAUCACCAACAGCCUGGUGAGAGAGAAGAGCUGGUGGACAUCAGGGUCUGGAGACAAUGAGUUGCCCUCCCCUCCCCCCAUCACCUACCUGCUCAGUAAUGACACUCUAGAGAGCCACCCACAGUCCCACCUGGUGACCCACUGCAAGUCCUGCAGCUGCUUUGCUCCUGCCCAGAACGUGACCAAUGCUGCUACUACGGCCACUAUAGCUGCCAUGGUUCCUCCAUCCGUCCCAGACCAGCACUCGGUCUCUGCUUCUUUUAGCGAGUGCACAGGGAAGAGUCUGAAGUGGCCUAGAGACCACAGGUCUCAAGUCCAGCACCAGUCGACCUCGACGGCCGCAGACUACCAGAUUAGUGAGGUCAGCAAGACCACUACGGCUACCACCACUGCCACUAGCCGUAAGGACAAAGACAAAGAUGGCAAGGAGAAACUAGGGAGAAGGUUUGGCCUCAACCUCUUCAGGAGGAACGGAGGGAAGAAGGAGAAAGUGAAGAAAGAAUAUGCCUUGUUCUCAGGUCAGUUCCCUCCGGAGGAGUGGCCAGUGAGGGACGAGGAGGAUCUGAACAAUCUUCCCAGAGACCUGGAGCACGCUAUCAUCAGACGCAUCAACCCUGAGCUCACUGUUGACAACCUGACACGCCACACUGUACUAAUGAAGAAACUGGAGGAGAGAGGAGGGGAGAGAGGGAUGGAAACAGAAAGACGAGGGGUGGAAAGGGACAGAGGGUUGCACAAGGGGGACAGGGUUGACGGAGGGGACAAGGGUGUGGACAAGGGCAUGUCCACUGAGAUCCUAAACUGCUCCAAGCCCAGACAUCACCAGUCCUCCCGAGCCAGACUGGGAGCAGGGGCUGGGGGCAGGAGAUCUACCUCCAAGGCCUCUCGAAGUAAGAGAAGGGCCCAUUCCUCCAGGGAGAAACGGAGAGACAGGCUGAAGACUAAGGCCCCAGUGUGUGUGGAUGUGGACCCAGACGGAGAUGACCUGGUCCCCUCUUGCCUCAGACCAAAGGUCCCUAUUGAUGAACUAGACCACAGAGAGGAGCCAGGAGCGGUGGAGGGGAAAAGCCUCUAUAAGAAACGCAUUGACAACCCCUUUGAUGGUCAACCACCUGGGAAAGAUACAGCCACAACCCAGACUGUGGCACCUACUAUGACCCACAAAGAACAGAGGAGGAGAGAGGGAAAGGAAGCGAAGGAGGGGAAAGACGGAAAGACUUCAGGAGGAGGGAGGAGAGAACCAGCGGGACACCGCUCCAAAUCCUGGGACCCGCACAAAGCAAAAGCAACCGCUGCUGACACACAGUAUGCUGGAAAGUCUCAUACAGCCGAGGACAGGUCAUGUGACCGUCUCCACGAGAGGGUGUUCACCACCGAACCCCUCCUCCUGCCCCUCUCUGACACCAAACCACCCAGUGAAUUACCGUUGGACUACAGCUCGGCUUACCCACAGAGCAGCACACUAAGGAUAGACGACAAGGUUAGAUAUCAGAGGGAGGGAAAGAACAGAGGGAGGAAGAGCAGGGAGGGAGGGAAGGAGAAGGAGGGAAAGCAUAGGACGACACAGCAAGUAGAAUAUGGCAGUACAACAGACCAUAGACACCCAGCAGUAACAAGCCAAACCCUGGACUCUGAUGCCAACCUCCCUAGUACCCACCCCUAUGACUCAGUCCCUGCCCACCCGUACGACCAGGCCAUGCCUUGGCCAAAGCCUGCUGUGCAUCGCAGGCACUCCUUCAAACACACAGACACACAGGGAGACCUAACCCACAGGCCUGACCUGCUCUCCUCACACCAACAGGCCUGCAGUACCACCCCCAAACAACAUGGGCUGGUACACAGCAGUGGUGUCAGUAGAGCCCACAGGAGUCCAGGGCAUGGGCAAAGGGCCAGUGAUGGGUUAGCAGUGGAGAGUAAUGGCUUUAUGAUAGAGAGUGAUGAGUUUAUAGAAGAUGAUCACAGGUUUUACCAGAGAGCAGAGGAAGAAGAUGAGGAUGCCUGUAGUUCUCUGUAUCUGAGUGAGGAGGGAGUCAUUGACAACAGAGAGGUCUAUCAAACACGCCUGUCUCAUUAUCGUGACUCUCAAUCCCUCUUCCAUGAUCCUAAAACCAUAUACCAAGACACUAUCACUCACUACCACAACCAACCUCACUCCCCUUACCACGAGCCCCAACCCCACUGUCCCAACCCCCAUUCCAUCCAAGGAGACUGGAACAGCACUUUCCCGGAGGAACACUCUUCCACUAUCCACCAAGACCCCCCUCUGUCCCCCCACAGCCCCCAAAGACAGGAAGAGGAGAGGUGGGUCAGGGUGAGCGGCUCUACCCUUAACCACCGCAGCCACACGUCCCCAGGAACCCACAGUGAUCCCAUCCCCAGACGAAGAGCUCCAAUCCCGGGGGAGCGAAGACAGGACGCCAGCCACUCCCUGGAAGCUCUAGAGAGUUUAGAGCCACCUGAGGCGGCAGACAGCAGCAUCUUUGACUACUGCCAGACCAGCGAGGUGGACUCGGAUGCUGAGACCCUCCAUAAAUCAGCAGACGAGGGGGACAGGGAGUCAUCUCACUGGGGGUGUGGAGUAGAGGAGGAAAAGGGCGGCUUUGAGACCCUGGGGGAGAGAGGAGGCCCUCAGACCUCAAGUGCCAGUCUGGGCAUGCCCAGUGGAGCUGGACGGGGAGAGAUAAUGGGGGAGGCGGGGGAGAGUCAGAGCAACACAGGAGACAGCGGGAUAGACUCGCCACGGACCCGUGUUAGUCUGGCAACUAACAACACAGGGAUUCUGGAGGGUCUAAAUAGGCGAGGUUUCCUACAGAACCUGGAGAAACUGCACUCCAAGAGCUCAGCCAUGCGACCACAGAGCUCUCUGCUACAGCUCACACCAGCCAUGAACGUAUGAGACCAUAGGCCCCCUGAUGCAGCUCCGUGGGAGGGAUCAUGAGCUCCCCGAUGCAGCUCUGUGUGAGGGACUAUGAGCUCCCUGAUGCAGCUCCGUGUUAUGGCCCAUGAGUCCUCUGAUGCAGCUCCCUCUUUUCGACCACCAAAAAGCAUGGGAAGUAGGAACACUAUGCUAUCAGAUAUGGGGUACACAACCCCAAUCUUUAUGGACUUCCAGCAUCUAUUUGUGUCACUGCUGUCAAAAAUCUGCUGUGAACCUCUAACCUUUCCUCAUUGUCUAGCCUGGUUAUAUAUCCUGUCCUCCAGGGCUACAGUGUAUAGCAGCAAUUUAUGGGUGCUCAACUCUAGACCUACCCCAGUGGAGGUCUUUGUACAGAUGUAUAGUCUAUUUUUCCCAUUCUGUAUAUAACAUUUAACAGGAAUAUCCUGAGAGACAUAUUCAGCUAAUGACUGGUGAAUCGGCUGCGUUAAAUGCAUGAUCAAUCGAUAGGUGAUGUUGAAGUAACAGGUUGUUCUCUGGGUUGCUUUUGUUUUUCACUACAUUCAACUUGACCUAAAAUGAUGACAAAAUAACUCAGUACUGGAUCUUUAACCUGUAUCUUCAUUUUCACACCUCUUUCCUUGUCACCAUGUGUAACACAAAUACAUCUUUAUGUACCACAAGCCACCUCCUCGCUGAAUGUGUGGAUCAUAUCAUAUUUUUUAAAGAAAUUGGAUGACACUCACAAGAAAAUAAGGUGACUCUACUACUACCUACCCUUUCACCUGAAAUGACUAGAUUUACAAGAGGCAUUCCAGUGAAAGGCAAAAAAGUUAAUUCACAUCACUCAGGAAAGACUAAAAAACCUGAGCCUGGCAGACAGCUGAUAAGCUAAGCAUUGGCUGUUGGUGGAGGCUCCAGUGAAGAGGUGUACAUGGAAGAGAAACCCCAGCCAUGUCACCCCAUCUCUGGGGGAGCUAGCAUUAGGAGUGUGGGAUGGGUGGAGGAAUGGGAGGUGGUUUAGUGUUAUGUGAAGGCUGUUGUGGUGGCCAUAUUACCACCACACCAGCAGUCAUGAUUCAUGACCACAGUCAAAUUCCAUGUGACUGUUGAGUCAUGGUAAUUUCUUGUUAUGCACUGUGGACAUGCUUUGGUAGUACAGGUCCUAAUGGCCUGAUUCUAAGGGGUCUAUUGUCCCUCUAACCACUCUGACAUCAAUGUAAAUGCAAUCGAAAAUCACAUCAAACACAUCAAAACAGUAUCAUGCUUUUAAAACUCACCUCACUGGUGAUCAAUUUGAAGAAAGAAGUUCAACAGCCGGUUGAAACUGAGUGUAAAACAUGGUCAUUGUAGAUGUAGUUUCAAAGACUAACAAUGAAAUGGACAGCUUUCUAAGGUGAUGAUUAAUUAAAAACGCCCAUAUUAGAGCUUAUGCAUAUGCUUUUGAGCCCAAGCCUGGGAAAAAAGCUGAAUUUAAAUGAUGAUUGUGCUGUUAUACAACACAUAGCCUACCGCAUAUUAUGCAUGACAGAAAAACAUAAAACAAAACCGAUUUAAGAUGUCUUUGGUACAUAAUUGGUCUAGGCUAAACUUCAAAAUUAAACAAAUUCAAGUAAUCGCCUUUGAGUGUGGACUGUAUUAUUAAGCAUAAUGGAUGGACUGGUUAUCGUAUGCUAUGCUCCAAAUGUU